AGUGACGGCGGCCGGGCGGAAGUGCCGCCGGGGCAGGGCGGAAGUGCCGGCGGGAGCGGCGCGGUGCCGGCGCAGAUUAUCUGGAAUCCACUGGUGGACCUAUGCUUUCAACUGUUGAGUGAACGGAUCAUUUUGUGUAUUUUUUAGUUUGAUUUUUCUAAGCCUAUUUUGCCUUUUUACUAGAAAAAAAAUGGUGUGGGGAAAGUUUUUACUCUUAUGUUAUGGAUGUAUGAUUUUGUCUCAAGCGACUAAGAAUCAGAGUACUGAACCAAAUUUAGCUUGGGAGUUGAUACAAGGAUUUAUGCAUAUUUGGAAUCAUACAAAUCAAGGAAUAUGCAUUAACCUCCCCAACUCUGCAUCAGAGGGGUUUAGAUUUAUGAUGAUUUGGUUAAAUUUUUCAGAGAUAUUAACAAGAGAACUGGAUAAUCUUAAAAAAACAGGAGGAAAUAUUACCUGGGGAACAGUCGAGUCCCCGUUCCUAGAGCAGAAAGAAGGACAACAAUGGGAUGCAAAUGGGACAUGGGUAGAAUACAAGAAAGCCUUUUACCAGCUCCCACGCGACUCUACCUGGAGCCAUUUAUGGAAUCAGACGUGCUAUCGGUCAUUAGACACCCACCCUACUGAGACCUUGCACAAUGUCACUUCUAUCCCUUGCACGGUGGUACCAUGGUGGGAUUCUCCGGCUGAGGGCGGGUUUUUCGAACAUGAGUACAAUUUACAUUGGGAUGCAGGAUGGUGUAUACAAAUCCCUGAUAACCCAGGAACCGCACACCAAGUUAACCGAACAAAUUAUGAGUGGGCCUGGUCUCUGAAACAAAUCUUUGACCCUAUAUCUACCCUACAGUGGGCCUCCAGGGCCCCCACAGGGAAAAUAAUAGAAUGGGAAGUGGAGAAAUCAGACUGUAAGGACCAUCAGACCACACUACCUAAUGGGGAGAGCAUCUGCUGGAAAGUGAGGAACCAUAGAAGCAUUAUCCAAAGUAAAUCAGAGACCUCCUUUCUGAAUUGUUCCCGUAUAUUAGAUUGUACCACAGGAGCAGGUGAGCCUAUAGAAACCUGGUACAUCUCAGAGCUGAGAACUUUUAUCCGGGACAUGUGUACCUGUUGGGAUUAUCCCAACUACGGCUAUCUAAACCAAGACACCCGAUGCAAUGGGUCUUACGAAAAUUCGGAGACAGCACUAUCCUGUGGCAUUCCUGUUACACAUGGCCCUGACCGAAGAAGGGUCUGGAAUUCAAGUAGCGAAGCACAGGAAGUUCCCCAAGGUGACCUGUAUCAGUGUUCACAAGCCAAAUAUCCAGCUCCACGGGGAACGGUAUGGGCAUGUUCAGAUGGGAAAAUGUAUUCCCACUUGAACAUGUAUGAUAUGGCUGGACUCCAGUGUACUAUUGGGUUUCCUACCAUGUGUCCAUCUAAAACAUUCAAUUAUACACUUUAUCGUAACAACAAAGUGCGGAGAGAAAUCCACAAUCCAACAGAUGCAAAAGGGUGGAUUGGGGGGAUUCAAGUCCCUGACUAUUAUACCUGGAGACAAAAUGUUGCGUUAGACUUAGAAUCAUUUUUUGUGUCCAGUGGAGUUAUCCAACGGCACAAAUAUGUCUUGGAGAACUUAACAAGGCAAGUCCAUGUGUUAAGCAACUGGACCGGACGUUUGCUCAGGGAACCAAGUUCACAGGUCCAGCAGUCAUCGAAAAUGGCUUUGCAGAACCGAUUAGCCCUAGAUAUGUUGUUGUUGAAAGAGAAUGGAGUGUGUGGGAUGCUAAACCUAACAGAUGGAGAAUGCUGUGUCACUGUCCAUAACGCCACCACCACCAUAGAAGAGGCGCGUCAGAAGAUGAAGGAGAUUGCUGAACAAACGGGAGAACUGUUUCAAGCAAUGCAACCGAAGGACUAGUUUGAUGGACUGAGCCUGGAUUGUGGAUCACAUGAAUACUAAAGUGCCUUGGAUUUAGGGGAUGGCGAAGGUGGCUUGUGUACAUUGCCCUUAUGAUACUGUGUGGAUUCUUGGGUUUGAUGAUAGGUUGAAAAGUCAUGUCAAACUGUUUGCUUGUGAUGAGUUUAUUACGGUUAUAGAGGAAAGGGAUAGAGUUUCUAGCACUGUAUAAUACCACACCAUUCACGUCAUGGCAGGGAUGUGGCUGCAGCAGGAGGAAGCCAGGGGCUGGAAGUGGAAGGCUGGCCAUCUUUUGCCAUGCUUGGGGGUGUGCAGGAUUCAGGGGCAGCCUGACGGACCUAGCCCCUGUCUGCUGCUGGCAGUCCCUUCCCUGUUCCUCUGAGCCGUGGCUUUUCUGGUUUGGUGCUCAAAGACAGCGCUGGUGAGCCCAAGAGCUGGUGAACUGCUCCAAGAGAAAGAAAAGAGAGAAAGCAGCAGCGCUGCAGAGCCCAGCUGAGCCACGUGGAGCCCAAGCCGCAGCUGCUGUGACUGCAGCAGCCACUGGAGCUGCCACGGGAACCACUGAGCUCUCCAGGCCCACUCCCACAAAGUCAGGCCCAGGAGGAGGGUCCUCUGACCUGCUUCAGAGCCCUGUCAGGUCCCACCAGGUUUUGUCUUGUCCCUGUUCUUCUCUUGUUUUUGGUCUGAGGGGGGAAAGUUAAAUUGCAAGCCUCCCCGACAUUCUGCUUUUGUUUUCCCACAUAUACCAUGUUGCCAGUGCAGGGCCAGUCAAUGUUUUACCUUUGUCUGGGAAAACCACUUUGGAUGUGGUCUUCGAGAAGUGUUUUUGUUGGUUCAGUAGUGAAUACCCUUUUGUGGGUAAAACACUCUCUUUUGUAUACUCUUUUAUUAACAUUGUUGUGGUUAUUGCAAUUUUUCAGUAAAUUGUGAUUCCAAUUUA